AAAUUACUACACGUAAAAAAGUAAUUAAAAAAAAUUUAUCUGUUUAUAUCAUUAUCAGACAACGAAACGCGCUACACCUGAAAAUUAUUAUCAGACAUUGCAAAAUCCAAAAACAAAUACACAAUUUUCUUUGUUUUCAGUUUUGUCUUCCUCUUCCCAGCAAUAGAUGGUAAGGGGAGGGAAGGUUGGUCAAAGAAGCAAUUUUAAAAGAAGAGUCAGAUCAAAAGAUGAGGGUUCGGAUGAUUCAGAUGAAGAUUAUGUAGUUUCACUGGAGGGAAAUGAUGAAUCUGAGGACGAUGUGGAAGAUUAUUGUUCUUCCUUAGAUGAGUGUGCAUCGGAAGAGGGUUUUGGGAGUUUCAUUGAUGACGAGGAUGAUGAGGAGGAAGAUAAAGAGGUGAGGAAGGUUGUUAGGUCGAAAGCUAAACCGAUGUCUUCAGCAAGGACGAGGAAGAUUGUGGAUAGAAAAUCACAAAAGCGGAAAGUUGUAUCCGAUGAAGAAGAUGACGAUGAGGAUUAUGAGAUAGAGGAGGAGGAGGAGCAAGAAGAGGAAGAUGAUGAUGAUUUGGAAUUCACCCUGGAUGAAGAAGAUUGUUUGGAUGAGGAAGAGGAGUUGACUAUGACAAAGAAGAAGAAAAACAAUAAGAAGGUUAGUAAGCAAGGUUUGCGGAAAAGGGUUCCUUCCAACCAUGGGAAAAAGAGGAGAAAAUCUGCUGUUUCUAAGAAGCCUUUGAGAAAAGGAGGAAAUAAGAAAUGUCGGUUAAAAAGGAAAAGGAGAAUUGAGGAGGAGGAAGAAGAAGAAGAUGAUGAUUGUGGUUUCAUAGACAAAGCUCCAACUGUGAGAAAAAAGAGCAGAAAAAAUGGAGGACUGAGGAAGAAAGCAUAUGUUAUAUGUUCAGAUUCAGAUUUUGUUUCGUCUGGAUCAUCUGAUUAUGAGUAUACAAUCUCAGAGGAAGAGAGGGAACAGGUGAAAGAAGCCAGCCAAUUGUGUGGAAGCAUAAAAACUAGUUUGAGGAGCUCAUCAUCCUCAAAGAGAAUUCAGGAGGUUGAGGAGUUAGGCCAGUGUAAGAAACCUCCAGGAAAAAAGGGUAAGGAGAAGGUAGAGGAAACAAAGGCUGAAGUAAUAAAGUCGGUCUGUGGCAUUUGUCUCUCCGAGGAAGAUAAGCGAAGAUUGAGAGGCAAGCUAAACUGUUGCAGUCAUUAUUUUUGUUUCACCUGCAUUAUGGAGUGGUCAAAAGUAGAAUCUCGAUGCCCUUUGUGCAAGCAAAGGUUUGAAACAAUCAGUAAGCCUGCAAGAUCAACAGCAGGAGUUGAUUUGAGAGGUGUGGUGAUUCAAGUCCCUAAACGGGAUCAGGUCUACCAACCAUCUGAGGAAGAACUAAGAAGCUAUCUUGAUCCAUAUGAGAAUGUGAUUUGUUCUGAAUGCAACCAAGGAGGGGAUGAUGAACUCAUGUUACUGUGUGAUCUUUGUGAUUCAUCAGCUCACACCUAUUGUGUUGGUCUCGGGCGGGAAGUACCUGAAGGAAAUUGGUACUGUGAUGGUUGCAGGCCCGUUGCCCUUGGGUCCUCUAGUUCCCAAGUUCAAGAUCCCUUACCUGAUCAAAGGACAAUAAACAAUUUGUACAAUCGAUUCCCACCCAUUGUAAAUGUAGGAGAAAGUUUAGACUCCAUUGUAGUGCCUUCACCUCGUACGCCAUUACCUCCCGGUUUUGGUGGUCUUUCAUCUCCUAGAUUUCCUACUGCAGAUUUUCCAUCUGUUUCUCCAGUAUCUGGAGUGGCAGCUCAAACUCUGACAGGAAGACGAUGGUUACACCGCCAGAUUCAAAAUCUUCGUUCCAUGAACAGGAUGAGUCUUAUGGUUGGUAGGACUGAUGGGAUAUCAACUGCCAAUAUGGGCAUUGAUUUUGUGAACUCUCACGUUGAUCAGAGUAGGCAAACAACAAUUCAACAAGCAAGGACACAACAAAUGGGAACUCAGCAUCAAACAGUAAUCACAGAGGGGUUACACAAUGAUCCCUCUUCUUCACUGCAAAGUAGGGACUUCUUUUCACCGAGGUUGGGCCAUUUGAGAAGGCAAGCAGUUCAGGAUUCAACUACCACAACAUUAAACACGUCUGUUAAUUUGAUGUUAUGGCCUGAGCUUGCUGGUAUCAAUUCAGAUGCUCAACUCUAUCAGUGCCGCAAUGGACCAAAUAUUGGGCCUGAUGUUUUUGGUUCAGCAUUUUCCGUCAGAAAUGAGGAUAAUUCUUCCAUGGCCAAGGAACAAUUGCAAGUAAUGGUUAGAAGCCAGUUGAAAGCCUUGUCCAGAGAUAGUGAUUUGGACAAUGGUACUUUUAUGGACAUAGCAACAAGUUCCAUGCACACCUUAUUGGCUGCUUGUGGGCUUGAGCAUAGGAGGAGCGAGGUUCACAUGGUACCACCACCAUCAAAUUGUACACACAUUGAAAGAGUGGCAGCCGGUCAGGCGAGCUUAAUGAAAGGUUGUUGCUUAACUUGUUUCGAUUCUUUUGUAAAAGAUGUAGUGAAGAGGAUCAUGGAUACAAGAUCCAGGCAGUGGUUAAGUUUAGGUUUUUAGAUAUUUGAUGUAGUUAAUGCAUCUUUCUGCAUACUUCUUUCUUUUUCUUUUUUUGGUUAGGAUUUAGUAACCAAUUUUUUUCAACACCAUAUUUUUCCCCCUUAUGUUGGUUUAUACUUGCAAUUCACAGACAUUGAGCCUGCAAAAAGUGCUCUAUUCUCAUUUGAUCACCAUAAUAGAUAAUUGUUAAUUAAA